UGUGAUGUAGUUUAUCCUCUUAGUAUUAAGAUCCAUUUGACUGUUAAAAUGUCUAAACCUGUACAUGCAUGAUGCAUAAGGAGUAAGUUUGUUUUGAGAUUGCGUCCGAAGCUUUUAUCUGUUAAUCAGUUGACAAGACCUCGAAAAUGAAGUUGAAAGUAACAAGUUUUAUCCUUGGUUCGACUGAUAAAUCCUGUGCAAUUAAAGCGAUUGGUUCUAGAGAGCGAUUUCUCUGAACUAAAUUAGUGUCCUCGCGCUAUUUCAUUAAUUAAUUGGUGACGUCGUGUUGACAGGCGGAAAUACUAAACAUCCUCUGUACAGACGGCCAUUUGUGACGCCUUACAUGACGGGUGGGCCAAGGUCUCAAACUUAAAACUCUUCUCUCGCUCUUAUACCACGCCGAACAAGUCGCAAAACCACCUAGAGAAACAGUUUAAUUCAUAGUUUUAUCUCGAUGUCUGGGCGGUCAUCUGAGCAAGAAAGCCGACCUACAGCUGACCAAGAAGAGACACGAGUACCGACCUUGAAGAGAGAUCUUAAGAAAGGGGGAACCUCGAGAUCUGCCAAGCCACUAUCAACUGCUGUUAAAAGAAUUCAGAGAGAAUUAGCUGAAAUCACGCUGGAGCCACCUCCAAACUGCAGCGCUGGACCAAAAGGUGACAAUCUUUACGAAUGGAACUCAACAAUCCUUGGUCCCCCGAAAUCAGUAUACGAAGGGGGAGUCUUUUUCCUUGAUAUUCAUUUUCCAACGGAUUAUCCGUUUAAACCACCAAAGGUUACUUUUCGUACAAGAAUUUAUCACUGUAAUGUCAAUAGCCAGGGUGUGAUCUGUCUGGAUAUUUUAAAAGAUAACUGGAGCCCAGCUCUUACCAUCUCUAAAGUUCUUCUUUCAGUAUGUUCGCUUCUGACGGACUGCAAUCCAGCGGAUCCUUUAGUUGGAAGCAUAGCUGCUCAGUAUGUCUCUAACCGGGAAGAACACGACAAAACGGCGAGGGAGUGGACCCGAAGAUAUGCCACAUGAAUAAAGAUAAUAACAUAUUGAUCACUUCUAAUCUUUGUAAAUAGCUCAGAUGUAAGAACUAAGACGCCUCAGGAUUCAAUUGACCUUAUAUUGCCGCGAACAGGUUUAAAUUGCAUGCUUUUCUGCGUCGCAGUAAACGAAGAAAAAUUCAAGAAGAGUGUUGAAAUCGCCCCAUGGGAACUGGGGGGCAAGAAAUUCAUGACCUUGUCUCCAGUUUCCACGCGCCGAUUUUCUUCUCCCUCGUGUUUCGUCCACAUUCGGCAAAUGAACGAUUUAGUUGCUUUUAUCGAUGGCCGAUACAAUGCGAGAUACGUACUUGAAUGGAAACUAAAUGCUUUCGCUGCGAUUUAAUAUAGGUGCGUCCCGAAAGAAUGCAAGAUUAUUUAAUUUAAAAUGACUAUGAAAUGUUUAAGCAAGCAACCGGAACGAUGAUCCAGCUGGUAUACGUUGGAU